GGGGAACAAAAUUAUUUAAAAGUGAAACUAAACAAAAAAUGUAUUAUCGCUAGUUGAAAAAAUUCGUUUUGCUGUUUUUAGCAAUUAAACUACUUGUUUCCAGAGAAAAAGAUGGCUGAAUUAGAAAGCGUUUCAAAUUUAUAUUCUACCAUUAUAUCAAGAAGUGCCAAAACAACAAAAAUUGAAUGGAUGAAUAGUAGCAAAGUGCUAGAACUACCAGCAUGUAGAACUCUAACUUUUAAUAAAAAUGGUGAUUUUUUGGCCAUUUCUGAUUCACAAGGUGUGAGAAUAGUAUCUACUGAAGAUUAUGAAAAACCCCUGUGGCAAGUAGCAAAACCGAAAACAGUUGAAGUGAAAUUUUCUCCACUAGCGAAAUAUCUGGCAAUUUGGGAACCAGUAUCAAAAGAUAAAACCACAGAAACUGUACCUUGUAACCUGCACGUGUAUAAUUGGAGGGAAAAUAAACUGGUAAUGGAAGUUGUACAUAGGAAGCAGUCUGAUUGGUCUCCACAGUGGACCUCUAAUGAAUUUUUAUGCUCGAGACUUGCAAACAACAGCGAUAUCCUAUUCUAUGAGGAUCAUAAUUUUUCUCAGGUCAAAUGCAAACUGCACAUGCCCAAGAUAAUGUGCUACAGUUUGGCGGCAUCUCCUGCAUCAUACCACGUUGUUAUAUCUGUUCUCGGGUCAAAGGGAGAGCCGUCAUUUGUUCGCCUCUACAAGUACCCCAACUUCUCAUCGCCAUCUGAUGCACUGGCAAAUAAAAGUUUUUUUAAAGCAGAAAGGACUGAACUCUAUUGGAACAAUGAAGGUACAUCCCUACUGACGCUGACGUUUUCCGAUAACUCGGAGGAAUCAUAUUACGGAGAACAGCAUCUGCAUUAUAUAAGUACCAAACAGGAGAGUUGCCAGGUGCAUAGGGCAAAACCUGGUCCAAUAUACAGUAUAGCUUGGCAUCCUAACUCAAAAGAGUUCUGUGUUGUCUAUGGAUUAAUGCCAGCUAAAGCCACGUUGUACAAUUUGAAAUGUGAACCAGUAUUUGACUUUGGAACUGCCCCAAGGAACUUGGCAUACUUCAAUCCAUUUGGCAAUCUGUUGUGUUUAGCCGGAUUUGGAAAUUUGAAUGGAGGUAUGGAAUUUUGGGAUGUGGAAAAGCAUAAGAUGUUGAACAAGUUCAGCGUUGUUGACACGACAUAUUUCGAAUGGUGUCCUGAUGGCGUGCACUUCCUGGCUGCCACUUUGUCACCUAGGCUACGAGUUAGCAAUGGUUUGAAGAUCUGGCAUUAUUCAGGAAUUAAACUGAGAUCAUGGGAGACCAAUGAAUUGUACUCUGCAAUUUGGAAGCCUGUUAAGGAGGGUACACACACCGAACCAACGUUGAAAUUCACUGCGUCACAGGCUGCUGUUGUGUCUGCCACUGCAACCGCCAAGCCCGCAGCCUACGUUCCGCCAGCGUUGAGGAACAAGAUGACGUCAUCAACUUCAGGCACUCCUGCAGCCACAUCAGCAGCAGUAUACAAACCAAAGUUUAGGGAAGAUUAUGAACUGCCUUCUAACCUGAAAGAGCAGGAAAACAAACCAAUGAGUAAGUCUGCCAUGAAGAAUAAAAAGAAGAGAGACAACAAGAAGGCAAAAAAACUGGGAAGUUCUCCAGAGAAAGCUGAUGACGAUGAAGAAGAAUAAUUCGUAUCCCGAUAAUUUACGUUGUCUAUCAAAUAAAUAGUUGUGCACGUUCGUUCCUAAUAUUGAGGUCCAGUCCGAAUACCUUUCAUUUCCCAAUAAAAUUCACAGUUAUCAUUUGGUUUUUAUCAACAUUGCAACAAGUUUCACUAAUAAAAGCUAGAUAGUUUCCGCGUUAAGUGGAUGAAAUAUUCAAGCUUUAAUUAAGCUUUAAUUAAAACCAUAUCAGGAAUCUGUUUCGAUUAAAAUCAUUGAUCUUCAAUUAGACUUAACUUUAAAG